AGAGCAGUGAUGUCUGCAACCAACCCAGCAACAGCACGGCAACAAACACAGCUUCAAGAGCCCUGAAGUGUCAUCCUGAGGCUGCACUGCCUUUUUCUGGGUCAGCGUUGGUUCAGUGCCUGUAGGAAACAUCUCAAAUGGAGUGUGGGAAACGAUCUGGUCUGCUGGGAGAUGUCUGCUGGCUCGGGCUGGGCUCUCUGGCACUUGAAGCAACCUUGACUUCACCUCACCGUGGGUUGCAGAUCUGUGGUGACUGCAGGGAUUUCCCAAUCCCUGCAGCAGCUGCUUUCCCCUUUGCCUGACGACACGGAGCCGGUAACCCUGGAUACUUGAGAGCCUGCCUAGAUCCUCACCCUGGGGAGAGGAAAGCCAUGGGGAGUGGAAUGAGCAAGGUGGUCGCAGGGCUCUACCUGGGGAACAUCCGUGACUCAGAGGACAGGGACAGCCUGCGGAGGCACGGCGUGACGCACAUCCUUUCCGUGCACAACAGGGCCAAACCGGUGCUGGAGGACAUGACUUAUCUCUGUAUCUCGGCCUCGGAUUCCUCCAGUCAAAACCUGAUACAGCACUUUAAGGAGAGCAUCAAGUUCAUCCACGAGUGCCGGCUCCGUGGGGGAGGCUGCCUUGUCCAUUGUACCGAGCCUGGAUCCGUCAUGAUUACGGCAGGAACCCCUUCCAGGACCAGGAGGAGCUGCAACGCUUGUUGGCCCAGCAGGAGCAAGGUGGGAGCAGGGGGAACUCCUGCACCGCUCCCACAGCACCCACCCACGCACUGCCCAGUAGCAGGAGCCAAUGGAUGGACAGAUAAGCAGCAGCUGCUCCCAGAGAGACAUUGUCCUUGUGCCUUGCAAAACGUGACAGCCACGUUGCCCAGCACCUGUGGGGUGCAGCUGCAGUGGGGCAAAGGUUGGGGUAGGACCACACAGCUGAGGUCAUGCAGGGGCUGCUCUGCUGCUGCCUCUCAUCCACCGGCUCCGCUGUAUGGGAAAAAUCAAUUGUUACUGAGAAUCAGAGGGGCAGAGCCACACUGUACAUUAAAACCUUUCUCAGGGUCACCACGAGAGGAUGCAAUCCUUUACUCGAGUAUUUCUAAGAAUUCCCUUAGUGGAAAUUUCUGGGUAUUGGAGCCUGCGAGUGGGACAAAGCCGGUGCUGAGCUGCCAAGGAAUGGGGGGGGGGUUGAUCAAAACCACGGGGAUGGCUGCAGGGAUAGAGGGAUGGGCUGUGUUAUUCUAUACAGCAGUGCUGCAGUACCUGGAAAAGCACCCCGGGCAAUUAGUGGGGAAAAGGCCAAUAAAUGCUGUUGAUCAAGGGAGCUGGAGGGAAGUUGAGCAAACCUUGUAGAUAUUGCAUCGAAUGCCUCGGUUAUCGUUUUAGGAAGCAGAGAAAUGGAACUCGUGCACAGGAAAAAGAGAAGAAAGUGGGUUUCUGGUGUCAAUAGGAAGUCAUCGCAGAUCUGUGAUAAGCAGAGAUUAGAUGUGCAGUAGGUGUGAUAACCUCAUGCUGCCACUUCAGCACCCAUCCCACGGCCUGCCCUGCCUUGUGGGCAUCCCGGGACUGCAGUGUUUCCCCUAACUCAUCACGGCUUGUGGGAACCACAGGGGAUGCCCCAAGCGAUUACGGCAUCACAGCAGCAUCUGCUGCCCAAAGAGCACCUCCUACACCCACAUAGGUGCCACGCAGCUGUAUUCCCACAUGACUGUACUUUCUGUCCUUGGUGGAAAGCAGCGCAGCCCCUCCAGCCCUGCUCCUGGUUUUGGCAACUGCCUCAUCACCGAUGUGGGGGGGUCAGCAGUGCAAUCCCCCCCCCCUUCUUUGCUUGUUUCCUGCUAGAAGCGACCCUCCUCAUCACAUCACAUGGCAAAGGAUGUGUUUGGCUCUCCCCACAUCUCACGCAGGCUCGCACAGCAGCUAUUUGUUACGCAUCAGAGCGAAGGCUUUGCACCUCGGAUCCUUAUUCUUAUUACGCCAUCCGCACAGCCCCACGCAUUCCCCACUUCUCAGCAUCACCCACAUGGGAACACUUAGGCAUUACUUCCAAGAAACGGGCAUGUAAGGGGAU